GCGGGGAAAGGGGCGGCGGAACAGGAGAGUCGUGGGGCUCGCCCGAUCUGGCCGCCGGGGGAAAGGGAGCGAGCGGCGCUAAGAACUGGCCGACGCGAAGUUUUGAAGCUGCCUCUCGGGCGAGCAGGAGGGGCCCGGAGGCUGCGGCGUCGGGAGCAUGAGAGGUGUACCCCGGCCUCGCCGCCGCUGCUGCGUCCGCUGGAGGAUGGGCUGGUGUCCGCGGCGGUGAGAGGCGGCCCGGGCGAUCGCUCCUCGGCGCCUGCGGGUGGGAGGACAGAACCAGAGGCGACGACGGUGGCUGCUCCCGCCGGGACCCCCUCAGCCCACGUCUGCUCGGCCUCCGCUGAGGUGCCUGCGAGCCCCUUCUGCUCCGCGGGGCGAGGUUGAACGCUUGUUUUACUCCCCAUUUCCCUUCCUCCGGCGGGGGAAGGGGAGGAGCGGUGUUAAAGAGCCCUGCCGGGAUCCCCUGAGACGACGCGGAGGCGCCUGGAAAGCCCCGAGCCCGAGGAGGCGGCUCCCCACGAGCCCUCCGCAGCCUGCCCGCCGCGCUUGCCCCCUCCCCGGCUCCCUUUCCUAGUUGAGGCUUCACCUUGCGGGCAGGCCCGUGUGCGCAUGGAGGCGGCGGGCGCGGGGCCGGCGCGGAGAGGGCGAGGAGCGGCUCCAUGAGGGCAGCGGCCCUGCCGGGGCUCGCCGCCUCGCCGGGCGUUUCCCUCCCGCUGCCGCCCGCCCUGCCCUGGCCGCGCUUCCGACCCUGAAGGCGUUCGGCUCGUCUCCGAAGAAACUUUUCCGCAGCAGCCGAGGAUGGAGGCUGCCGGGAUGGAUUAUUUCUGCGACCAGGUGCAGCAGAAGGACGUGGGCCGCAGGAUGCAGGUCGGCCAGGAGCUGCUGGAAUACCUGAACGACCCGACGAAGUCUCCCGAUCUGGAGCAGGACCUGCAACGCCUCGAUAAAGUGAUCGACGAAUUAACAGCGUGGGUCAACUCUAGUAAUUUUAAGGUGGCAUUACUGGGAUUAGAUGUUCUAGGUGCCUUUGUUGACAGACUAUCAGGACGCUUUAAAUCCUAUAUAGGAACUGUUCUUCAGCCUUUGAUAGAUCGUAUGGGAGAUGCCAAAGACCAAGUUCGAGAGCAAGCACAGAAUCUUAUCCUGAAACUGAUGGAUGAAGCAGCACCGCCCAUGUACAUUUGGGAACGUCUUGCUGUUGGUUUUAAACACAAGAAUUACCGAUCCCGAGAAGGAGUGUGCUUGUGUCUUAUUGCUACCUUAAACAUUUACGGUGCACAACCAUUAGUCCUCAGCAAGUUGGUACCACAUCUGUGUACAGCACUUGGUGACUCAAACAGUCAGGUGCGAGAUGCUGCCAUCCUAGCCAUUGUAGAGGUUUAUAGACAUGUGGGAGAGAAAGUGCGACUAGAUCUUACCAAGAGAGGAAUUCCUCCUGGAAGGUUGCAAACAAUCUUUGCAAAAUUUGAUGAAGAAAGAAACUCUGGAAAUAUGAUUUUAAGUAGCAUCAGGGACAAAAGCUUAGAUGAUGAAGAGUCAGUGGAUGGAAAUAGGCCAUCAUCAGCUGCUUCAGCCUUCAAGAUCCCGGCACCAAAAAAGCCAGGAAAUCCUUCAAACAGUGGGAGAAAGCCAGGAUCGGCUGGUGGGCCUAAGGCUGGAGGUUCCUCUAAAGAAGGAGGAGCUGGAGCUGUGGAUGAAGAUGAUUUUAUUAAGGCAUUUACAGAUGUUCCUACUGUACAGAUCUAUUCGAGUCGAGAACUUGAAGAAACGUUGAACAAAAUCAGGGAAAUACUCUCAGAUGACAAACACGAUUGGGAUCAACGAACUAAUGCGCUGAAGAAGGUUCGGUCGUUGCUUGUUGCUGGAGCUGCACAGUAUGAUGGAUUUUUCCAGCAUUUACGGUUGUUGGAUGGUGCUUUCAAGCUGUCAGCCAAGGAUCUCAGAUCCCAGGUGGUUAGAGAAGCGUGCAUUACAGUAGCCCAUCUUUCAACUGUUCUGGGGAACAAGUUUGACCAUGGCGCUGAAGCUAUUGUGCCUACCCUUUUUAAUCUGGUUCCCAACAGCGCCAAAGUGAUGGCAACUUCGGGGUGUGCAGCCAUUAGAUUCAUCAUUCGGCAUACCCAUGUGCCACGACUCAUACCUUUAAUAACAAGCAACUGUACCUCAAAAUCAGUUGCAGUUAGAAGGCGCUCCUUUGAAUUUUUAGACCUGUUGUUACAAGAGUGGCAAACACAUUCGUUGGAAAGGCAUGCAGCUGUCUUGGUUGAAACAAUCAAGAAGGGCAUUCAUGAUGCUGAUGCAGAAGCAAGAGUGGAAGCAAGAAAGGCUUACCUGGGACUUAGAAAUCACUUUCCUGGUGAAGCUGAGACUCUGUACAAUUCUCUUGAGCCUCCCUAUCAAAGAAGCCUCCAAACCUACUUGAAGAAUUCCGGCAGUAUAGCAUCUCUGCCUCAGUCAGACAGGUCAUCCUCCAGCUCACAGGAGAGCCUGAAUCGGCCUUUAUCUUCUAAGUGGUCUGCAGCGAGCCAAGCAAGCCUUGCAGGCAGAGUUUCAGGCAGCAGCAAGAGUGUUCCCAGCCCAGGAACCCUGCAGCGUUCUCGCAGCGACAUCGACGUGAACGCGGCGGCGGGUGCCAAGGCGCGCCACGCUGCCGGCCAGGCGGCUGCUGCUGGCCGCUUGUCGGCUGCCGGGCUGCCACCGGGCUCCUACGCCUCCCUAGAGGAUACUUCUGACAAGAUGGAUGGAACAGCUUCUGAAGAUGGUCGUAUCCGAACAAAGCUUUCAACGCCUUCUCUCAGUAUGGGAAGUAGUAAAACAGAUUCCAGAGGACGGAGUAGAACCAAAGUGGUGUCACAGUCUCAGCCUGGCAGUAGAUCUGGGUCUCCUGGAAGAGUUUUGACAACCACCACCCUUUCCACCAUGAACACAGGAGUUCAGAGGGUGUUAGUGAAUCCUGCAGCUGCACAAAAGCGAAGCAAAAUCCCACGAAGUCAGGGAUGCAGCAGAGAAGCUAGUCCUUCUAGAUUGUCAGUAGCACGAGGCAGCCGCAUUCCUCGGCCUAGUGUGAGUCAGGGCUGCAGUCGGGAGGCCAGCCGUGAAAGUAGCAGGGACACGAGCCCUGUCCGCUCUUUUCCACCCCUUGGUGCUGGCUUUGGAAUUAGUCAGUCGAGUAGAUUGUCGUCAUCAGUUAGUGCUAUGAGAGUUCUGAACACUGGGUCUGACGUGGAAGAAGCAGUAGCAGAUGCUUUGAAGAAGCCUGUGAGACGAAGAUACGAGCCCUAUGGCAUGUACUCGGACGAUGAUGCCAACAGUGACGCAUCAAGUGCCUGUUCAGAGAGGUCCUAUAGCUCUAGGAACGGGAGCAUACCAACGUACAUGAGACAGACAGAAGAUGUGGCUGAAGUCCUCAAUCGUUGUGCCAGCACCAACUGGUCUGAGAGAAAAGAAGGGCUUCUGGGCCUGCAGAACUUACUGAAGAACCAGAGAACUUUAAGUCGUGUUGAGUUGAAAAGGUUGUGUGAAAUCUUCACAAGGAUGUUUGCUGAUCCUCACAGUAAGAGAGUGUUCAGUAUGUUUUUGGAGACACUGGUGGACUUCAUCCAGGUCCAUAAAGAAGAUCUGCAAGACUGGCUGUUUGUACUGUUGACACAGCUGUUGAAAAAAAUGGGUGCUGAUUUGCUUGGGUCCGUGCAAGCAAAAGUUCAGAAGGCGCUUGAUGUCACAAGAGAAUCUUUUCCAAAUGACCUCCAGUUCAGUAUUUUAAUGAGAUUUACUGUUGACCAGACCCAGACACCUAGCCUGAAGACAGUCAAGCCAGCACUACAGGACCAGCUUCGCUCUUUUUGGAGCUCCAAGGUCAAAGUCGCCAUCCUUAAAUACAUCGAGACUCUUGCACAGCAGAUGGAUCCAGGAGAUUUUGUCAAUUCAAGUGAAACUAGGUUAGCAGUGUCUCGUAUCAUCACCUGGACCACAGAACCUAAAAGCUCAGAUGUUAGGAAGGCUGCACAGUCAGUGCUGAUUUCCCUUUUUGAACUCAACACUCCAGAGUUUACAAUGCUAUUGGGUGCUUUACCAAAAACAUUUCAGGAUGGAGCCACAAAGCUUCUCCAUAAUCAUCUCCGGAACACGGGCAACAGCAGUCAGGGAUCAAUGGGAAGUCCUUUAACGAGACCUACUCCACGCUCCCCAGCAAGUUGGUCAAGUCCUCUCACUUCCCCAACCAAUACAUCACAGAACACUUUGUCACCAAGUGCAUUUGAUUAUGACACUGAAAAUAUGAAUUCUGAAGAUAUUUACAGCUCACUUCGUGGAGUCACUGAAGCCAUUCAGAACUUCAGUUUUCGUAGUCAGGAAGAUAUGAACGAGCCUGUAAAACGAGACUCCAAAAAAGAUGAUGGUGAUUUGGUUUGCAGUGCUGCUGGGAUAGUAGAGCUCCGAGCGGGCAGUGGCGGGAGCGAGACAGGCCGAACAGCUCUGGAUAACAAAACGUCCUUACUCAACACAAUGCCUCCCCACUCUUCCCCACGCUCACGGGACUACAACCCAUACAAUUACUCUGAUGGCAUCAGUUCCUUUAACAAGUCUGCUCUGAAAGAAGCCAUGUUUGAUGACGAUGCAGAGCAGUUUCCUGAUGAGCCUCCCAUGGACCAUUCUGAUUUAGUUGCAGAGUUACUGAAAGAGUUAUCAAACCAUAAUGAGAGAGUUGAAGAGAGAAAGGCCGCCCUGUACGAGCUCAUGAAGUUAACUCAGGAGGAGUCUUUCGGUGUUUGGGAUGAGCACUUCAAAACAAUACUACUGCUGCUGCUUGAAACACUUGGAGAUAAAGAGCAUGCAAUUAGAGCUUUGGCUUUGAAAGUCCUAAGAGAAAUUCUAAGAAACCAGCCAUCAAGGUUUAAGAACUACGCAGAGCUCACAAUCAUGAAGACGUUAGAAGCGCAUAAGGAUCCUCAUAAGGAGGUGGUGAGAUCUGCUGAAGAAGCUGCUUCCAUGCUGGCUACUUCCAUUAGCCCAGAUCAGUGCAUCAAAGUUCUUUGUCCAAUUAUCCAAACUGCAGAUUACCCCAUUAAUCUGGCUGCAAUCAAAAUGCAGACUAAAGUCAUAGAAAGAGUAUCUAAAGAAACCCUUACUCAGCUCUUACCAGAGAUUGUGCCGGGUCUAAUACAGGGUUAUGAUAAUUCAGAGAGCAGUGUUCGGAAGGCGUGCGUUUUCUGCCUGGUAGCCAUUCAUGCAGUAAUUGGUGAUGAACUGAACCCCCAUCUCAGUCAACUCACUGGCAGUAAAAUGAAAUUAUUGAACCUUUACAUCAAACGUGCACAAACAGGCUCUGGACCAGGGGAUACCACAGCAGAUAUGUCUGGACAAAGCUAAGGAAGCUGACAAGGGUUAACCAGGUCUCCUAAAGCAAGGGCAAGGCCCACUUCAGUGAAAGGAAAACUCUUACAUACAACUUUUGGAACUUUUGGGGUUUUUUUUUUCCCCCCUUCUGUUGGGGUUUGGUUUAUUUUUUGGCUUUUUUUUUUGUUCCUUUAACCAAUGGCUGUCCUCAGCCUGCAUGUGACUGUUGCAAUAGAAUUAUUCCAAAUCCAAGGAAAAACAGUAUUAACAGCAGUUGAUCAAAGCAGAAUAAAUCCUCAAACCAAUCUAAUCCAUCAGUUAUGCUGUUUGCAAUCCUCUGUGUCUCCCCAUUAACUUUUGCCAGUGUUAUCGUAUUACAAAGGUUUCUUUUGAAAUGCUAAUGACAAAACUAUGCUUUCAGCUUCAGAAGUUUAAAAUAUACAUUCUGUUGCUUUUGUUCAGCUGCAGGUAACAUUACUUUUUUUACUGCUCUUUCAUUUGAGUAUCAUGUCCUUCGCUAGCAACAAGAAGUGAUGUGAAACAAGGUUGAACUAGUCUGAACUGCAGUGAGGCUCGUUCACUGUGUUGGUGGUUCGUCUUAUCUACAGCUUGUUUGGGAUAUUCUGGAGAUUGAGAAAUAAGCCUAUAAAAAACAAAAAAAAAGCUGGAUGGAUCCAGUUCUGUAAAAGUGAUAUUGUUCAUUGGUUGUAUGUUUGUUGCAUAAAUAAGAAUUUAGUGUGUGCAGCAGAGGGCUGGUACAACCAGUCCCUCUCCGUGUGGAAGACGGCCCUUUCAGGGUAGCGUUGCUGACCCCGGUGAUAGUGUGGCAGUCUGCUUUUGAGCAGCAGAGUUAAUGGUCACUUGAUGGACGUGAACCAUCCUUGUCACCUUUCGUUCUUCAAGCAGGAUGCUUCAGAAUGGAGUGCUCUGCCCAAGCAUGCUCAGUAUGUAUUUAUCUUUAUCACUAGAAUGUUUCCUCUCAACCUAAUUGCUGGAACAAGUAGUCUCGUAUCGUAACUUACAUGGGAUUUUGACAGUGGUGCAGAAAACCUAUUUAUUCCUUACCUUCCUAAAAGCACCAAGAUUUUCUGCAUUGAAUUUAAGUGGGGGAGGGGGGAGGGGGAAUAGUCACAGAUGCUAUGGAACUCACCACCUUUUAAUUUUGGAAAAGAAUAUAUAUAUUUUGGAUGAGUUGGGAAAGCUGCACCAAACGAUUUGCAUGGUUGUCUUGAUCAGCAUCCUCAAGACCCAGCUGGGUUAAGGUGUGGAAAUGUUUCCAGGCUUUGUUAUUCCUUUUUUUU